AUGUCUGCCUCUCCCCAGCACACCUCGACCAAGCGUCCUCUCGAGGACGUCUCGUCGCCCUCUAGAACCGGCGAUCAGCCCGACGCAAAGCGACCUGCUCUCGACAAGGUCGUGCGGAACGACGGCGAGAUACGCAAGGAGACCAAUGGCCUUCCUGCUAUCCCGCCCAUCCCCAUCGCCGACUCGAACGGCACCAACGGCACCAACGGUGCCAAGAAGGACACCAAGGACGGCGAGGAUGAGCCUACGGCCGAAAGCACCGAAAGCAAGGCCAUUGCCAGCACAGCCAGCAGCAACACAGCUCCGUCGCAGACUGCUCCCGCAAACGCCCACGACGAGACAUCCUGGAUCCACAUUCGCGCCGUCAUUUCCAGCCCCGAGGCUGCCACCAUCAUCGGCAAGGGUGGUGAGAACGUCUCCAAGAUCCGCCAGAUGUCCAACGCAAAGUGCACCGUCAGCGACUACCAGAAGGGCGCUGUCGAGCGCAUCCUGACGGUCAGCGGCGUGGUGGAUGCUGUUGCAAAGGCAUUCGGCCUCAUCAUCCGCACAUUGAACAACGAGCCGCUGGGCGAGCCGUCGAAUGCGCACUCAAAAACCUACCCUCUUCGCCUGUUGAUUCCUCACAUCCUGAUCGGCUCCAUCAUCGGAAAGGGCGGCUCCCGGAUUAAGGAGAUCCAGGAGGCAUCUGGUGCGCGCCUGAACGCGUCGGACUCCUGCCUUCCCAUGUCUUCCGAGCGGUCGCUCGUCGUUAUGGGCGUCGCAGAUGCCGUUCACAUUGCUACUUACUAUGUGGGCAGCACUCUGCUGGAGCAGCUGAACGAGCGCUUCGGUGGCCCGGCCGCCUCAGCCUAUGCUGCCCGUGGCGGCGGCCCUGUUGGCGUCGUCCCCGGUGGCAUGCAGGUCGUCCCCUACCUCCCCCAGCCUGCUGGUGGAAGCUACGGCAGAACCGAGAACUACAGCCGUCGCCAGGAUCCCCGUGCUCAGCUGCCGCCCCAAGGAUACGGUGCUCCAUACGGUGCUCCCAUUGCCCACGGUCCGGGUCCUGCAGUCCCCAUGUACGGCGCCCAGGCAGCUGGAGCCUACGGAGCGCCGCAGCUGCCGCACCAGAAUGCCGCUCAUCACGGUGCUAUGCCUCACGGUCCCCAUGCUGGUCAGCCGCCACACGCUGGCCCAGGUGGCCACCCUGCCAUGGCUGGUGCGCCCUUGACACAGCAAAUCUACAUCCCGAACGAUAUGGUCGGAGCUAUCAUUGGCAAGGGUGGCCAGAAGAUCAACGAGAUCCGGCAGGUUUCGGGCAGUGUUAUCAAGAUCAACGAGCCGCAGGACAACAGCAAUGAGCGUCUUGUGACCAUCACAGGCACUGAGGAGUGCAACCGCAUGGCGCUGUACAUGCUCUACUCUCGUCUUGAGAGCGAAAAGCACCGGACGUGA